UUUUGUUCCAUUUUUCGGCAUUGGAACUACAAUUAGUCAAUAUACUUGAUCCCUGCACAUACACCGACAUCCUACUCUCAGCUACAUGGAUCUACUAGUUUCGUGAAGAGCCUCCAUCGCUUUAACAGAGUACUGUUCUAAUUGCCUCUGUAAAACCAUGGGCUCCCUCACUCAAGUCCAAACGGAACCGGUCACCACCGCAACCCAUUCCAUCGGGUCAGUUCAGUUGAAGGUCGAAGAAGACUCCUCGAUGUCUUCUCCUGAUCUAGCGGAAAUAAUCCCGCUCCCUCCGCCAUCGAGAGAACCCUCUGAGGUUUUAAAUAUAGACAAGAACACUCCCGACGGACACGUUCCUCGCGAUCCUCGACUACUGAGACUUACGGGUGCGCAUCCGUUCAAUUGUGAGCCACCGCUUACGGAGCUCUACAGCCAAGGUUUUCUCACACCACCCGAAUUGCAUUUUGUCAGAAAUCACGGACCCGUCCCCCAUGUUCAGGAUGAUGAUAUUCCGGAUUGGGAAUUAAGCAUCGAAGGUCUUGUGGAGAGACCCGUUGUCUGGACAUUCCAACAGAUUUUAGACGAAUUUGAGCAAAUAACGGCCCCUGUCACUCUCGUAUGUGCUGGUAAUCGCCGAAAGGAACAAAAUCAAGUGCGGAAAACGAAAGGAUUUUCCUGGGGUUCUGCAGGCAUUUCUACGUCGCUCUACACAGGACCCUUGAUGGGAGACAUCCUACGACGAGCAAAGCCUCUUCGUCGAGCUAAAUAUGUAUGCAUGGAGGGGGCUGAUGUGUUACCUAAUGGACACUAUGGCACAUCGAUCAAGCUCAACUGGGCCCUGGAUUUCAAUCGAGGUAUCAUGCUCGCCCACAAAAUGAACGGGGAACCUCUCCGUCCAGAUCACGGUCGUCCUUUGCGCGUUGUUGUUCCCGGCCAAAUAGGCGGACGCAGUGUCAAAUGGCUGAAGAGACUGAUCCUCACAGACUCCCCGAGUACGAAUUGGUAUCAUAUCAAUGACAACCGAUUGCUACCAACGAUGGUCUCCCCAGAGAUGGCAUCCGAAGACCCCAAGUGGUGGCGAGAUGACCGAUAUGCCAUCUUCGACCUAAAUGUCAAUUCUUCCGUUGUAUAUCCAGAAAACAACGAGGAGCUUGUGAUAGCUUCAGCCCCUUCGACAUAUACCGUUAAAGGAUAUGCUUACUCCGGUGGUGGCCGACGGAUUACAAGAGUUGAGAUUUCCUUGGAUAAGGGAAGAUCAUGGCACCUUGCGCACAUUGAUUACGCCGAAGACAAGUAUCGCAACUUUGAAGGCGACCUUUUUGGCGGGAAAGUAGACAUGUACUGGCGGGAAACUUGCUUCUGCUGGUCUUUCUGGUCCCUUGACAUUCCAGUGUCGGAUCUACAGGCUAGUGAUGCCAUUUUGGUGCGGGCAAUGGACGAGUCUUUGGCUGUUCAACCCCGUGAUAUGUAUUGGUCUGUCCUUGGAAUGAUGAACAAUCCGUGGUUCCGCGUCACCAUCACAAAUGAAAACGGAAGAUUGAAAUUUGAGCAUCCGACACACCCAACUAAGACUGGUGGCUGGAUGGAACGGGUCAAGAAAGCCGGAGGAGAUCUGGCGAACGGUUACUGGGGAGAGACAGUUCAAGGGGAAGCACCGGCCCAGCAGGAGUCUGCGAAAGAGAUAAAUAUGAGAAGGGAAGGGCUGAGUAGGCUGAUCGAACUACAAGAGCUCAAGGAUCAUGUUAGCAAUGGAGAACCUUGGUUUAUAGUCAACGGUGAGGUAUAUGACGGCACUGAAUUUUUAAGGGAUCACCCAGGAGGCGCUCAGAGCAUCAUUUCUUCUGCCGGAAUGGACGUUUCGGAGGAGUUCCUCGCCAUUCACAGUGAAACUGCAAGGAUUAUGAUGCCGGGUUAUCACAUCGGAACAUUAAGCACAUCAGCCCUGGCUGUUCUUCAAGAUAAUGGCCUGGAGGAACAGAACAACUCAACUGAACCUCGCAAGACAUUUCUCCAGUCUCGAUACUGGUCCAAAACAACACUGGUACGGAAGAAGAUUGUAUCCUCGGAUAGUCGGAUUUUUACGUUCGAGCUUGAACAUCCAAAACAGACCCUGGGUCUACCAGUCGGCCGGCAUCUUAUGAUCAGAGUCCCAGACCCAACCAAGAAGAACGAGUGUAUCAUCAGAUCUUAUACUCCUAUUUCUGGUAUUACACAGGAGGGAACCAUGGAUAUCCUAGUCAAAGUUUACUUUGAUACUGCUACCCAACCAGGCGGCAAAAUGACAACGGCCCUUGAUAGACUUCCCUUGGGCUCCACGAUCGAUUGCAAAGGUCCAACUGGCAGGUUUGAGUACCUCGGCAAUGGCAACAUCCUAAUAGGUGACCAGGAGCGUCAUGUCAAGUCCUUCCGGAUGAUUUGUGGAGGUAGUGGGGUCACACCAAUCUUCCAGGUUCUGCGUGCCGUGAUGCAAGAUCCGGACGAUCCAACGACCUGCGUGGUGCUUAAUGGAAACAGACGCGAGGAGGACAUUCUUUGUCGGGCUGAGCUAGACGCUCUUGUCGCUCUCAACAACGCAAAAUGCACCAUGAUUCACACUUUGACCAAGGCGCCUGAGACAUGGGCUGGCCAUCGUGGCCGUAUCUCCGAGACGCUGCUGAAGGAAUAUGCUAUGCUCAAUGACGACUGUAUGGUGCUGGUUUGUGGUCCAGAGAGCAUGGAGCGCGAUGUUCAAAAGAUACUACUUGGUCUUGGAUGGGAAGAGUCGAAUCUACAUUUCUUCUAGGAUCUUUAUUUACCUUCAGAUACCAUGGAUGGGUUAGACGACAUGAGCCGAAGAGCAUGCACGUAUGUUGGAUAGAGCGGUAUAUACUCCGGACUAGCAACUCUAAUAUCUGCAUAGAAAUACAUGAAUGAGAGAGCCAGG